AUCUAUUUGAGGCGAACGAGGCAAAUGGCAUCUUCCAUGGAUUCGUGUCUGCAGCUUGUAGUAGCUGUGGUGUUUUUACUGGUUUUUUCUGUAAAAUCUCUGAAACCAAAUGAGCUUCGACCUUCGAGUAUAAUAAAAAAAGUAAACGCUGGAGGACCAUACAUUGGUCUGAUUUCAGUGUAUUCUCGCGAGGAAGAUGCUUUCUUUUCCACCGGAGGAUUUAAACCUAAUCCUAAACAUCCGUACGUUGAUCUCUCUGGGAGACGGUUUCGAUUUGGGAAGAUCCAUGGGAAGCCAGUGAUAUAUGUGAGAUGUGGGAUCGGAAUGGUUAACGCAGCUGCAGCUACACAGCAAAUGGUGGAUUUGUUUGAUAUUGUGGGAAUUGUCCACUUUGGGAUUGCUGGGAAUCUAAACAAUUCAAUGUCAAUUGGAGAUGUUGUAGUUUUAAAACAAGUUGCAAAUACUGGCAUCUGGGAUUGGAUGAAGGUGAAUGGAACAUUAGAAUUGAACAGCAUUGCUCACUUGGAUUUUGGAACUUAUAAUGUCCCUAAAGGAAAUGAAACCAACUUAUUGGGUCGCAUUUCUUUCCGUCCAGAGGAUUUUCAUUCUGAGUCGAAAAACCCUAACACUUCUAUUCAAUUGAUUUGGGCUCAAAUCACACCGAAAUGGCUUCAACUUGCCACUCUUUUGGAGGGAAUGAAAUUGAAAAAAUGUGUGAAUUCAAGCUUGUGUCUUCCUCAAGAGCCAAAACUAGUAGUUGGAUUAAAUGGUUCUACAGCCAACAUUUUUGUGGACAAUGGUGUAUAUAGAGAUUUUCUUUUUCGUAAUUUUAACGUUACAACUACAGAUAUGGAAACUUCUGCUAUCGCGAUGACAUGCUUGUCAAAUGGGUAUCCAGUGAUAGUGAUCAGAGGCCUAUCAGACUUAGCAGGAGCACAGACUGGAAAAAGUGCAAUUGACACAUUUGGAUCUUUGGCUGCUCUCAAUACUGCAAACGUUGUUCUUAAAUUCAUUCGAAUGUUGCCUUUAAACUAUUAUCUCUACUACUAGUAUUUUGAUAUGA